AUGUCUGCUGCCUAUUUCUUCACUACGACUGCUUUGAUACAGGGAAUAGGCGCGUUUCUCUGGAGGCAAUUGAUCGCCAAGUACGGUCGCCUUGCAUGGGCUAGAGCUUCGAUGAGCUAUGGUAGCGAGGUGGCCUUACGUAUCAUUAUGGGUGCUGCUGCCGAGGCCCUGGCACCAUUGACCAUAUCUGAUAUCUUCUUGCACAAACGAAGCACCGUUAUGGCGGUCUACACCUGUGCAUUUCCAGCCGGAGUCAGCUGCGGAAUUAUUAUUGCUGGACUGAUCAGUAUCAACAACGGCUGGCGAGCCAUAUACUGGGUCGCCACAGCCCUCAUUGGCAGUUGCACAUUGUUCGUCAUCUUCACGUUCCCUAUGGCCAUGUACCUCAGGGACGUGGCAGCUAGCAGUGCGGUGGCUCAAGACGAGAAGAAGCGUUCCUACGUUUCCAGCCUCCGUAUCUUCUCCAGCACAUACACCCAAGAGUCACUCUUGAUGCUCUUCAUACGACCAGUAGCAUUCAUCAUCCUACCACAGGUCUUGUGGGGUACCCUUGUUAUGUCAGGAACGAUCGGUUUCCUUAUCGCUAUCACGUCCAAUUUUGCGCCGGCUUUCGAAACGGCAUACAACUUCAAACCCUGGCAAUCAGGUCUUUGUUUCGUUGCGGUACUCCUCGAAGCAUUCAUUGGAAUUUUCGCUGAUGGCCACUUCUCUGAUUGGAUUGCUGAUAGACAAUCACAGCGCAACGGAGGCGUCCGCGAGCCUGAGAUGCGCUUGCCUGCUAUCCUUGUCAGUGUCGUUACAGCGCCUCUCGCUCUCGUCCUUUAUGAUGUGGGCAUCCAGUACAAGCUCCAUUGGAUCUGUCCCACAUUCGCACUCGGCUUGAUCAACUUCUCCCUUGUGCAAGCUACAAACGUCUCGCUUGUGUACACUUCUGCAUUUGGCUUCUUGCUGUCCUUCUACACAAAUCCUUGGGUACAGAAGUCGGGAUAUCUCAACGCUUACGGUGCUAUGGCUGGCAUCUCCAGUGGUUUGAUCAUUCUGGGCGUGCCGUUCUUCGUAUGGGGUGAUAGAAUCAGGAACACGAUUUGGCAUUGAGCAUCAGUCUGCAAGUUUGUGCCCUGGGAU